GGGCGUUUGGCCCGGGGAAGGAGCGCUCUUCCUCCUCCUCCUCCUCCUCCUCCGGGCCGGCUUUUUCCGCCGGCGUCUGUGCCGCCUCUGCCCCGGAGGAAAGCCCGCCCAGAAGAGGAGGCGAAGUCCUGAUCGCGCCGAGCGCCGGAAAGAAGCCGCGUUCGGUAGCGGAGUAGGAACCGGCGCUGGGGGCGGGGGAACGGUUGGCUGCGGGCCGGCUGGCCGUAGAGAGCCUCCGCGGGAGCGGCGUGGAAGCCAGGCGCGGGGCAUGGGGGCCGCCCGGUUGUUGGGGGCCGCGCUCUGGGCCCUGCUCCUGCCGCUGAUAAGUGCCCAAGGAGGAGUUCUGCAUGCAGUUCAAAUUGACAGUCCCUAUUUAACAAAGGCUUAUUGCAUCUAUUACAAUUCCAACUGGACAACCCUUCCUAAGAGCUUAUCUAACAUUGAUUAUGCAAGGCUGGAGUUUUUGACCCCUAAAUUGCUCUGCAGCCCAUCCGACGUUACCCAAGACAUCAAGAACAAAGCAAUCGUAGUGAAGAGAGGAAAUUGUACUUUUCUAGAAAAGGCAGAGAUUGCUCAGCGGUUGGGUGCUAAAGUGUUGCUGGUGGCCAGCGAAACUUCCAUACGUACUCCGGGAGGGAACAAAACCCAGAAUCUCACCAUUCCUAUUGCGCUCGUUCGAGACGCAGAUAUAAAGGAUUUGGAACAGACUCUUGGAAGAAAUGUUAAUGUGGGAUUAUAUGUACCCCCUCAACCGCUCUUCGAUUAUAGUUUGGUGAUCAUUUUCCUAAUCGCGAUGUUCUGUGUGUCUCUUGGAGGCUACUGGAGUGGCAGGGCAGAGCUUGAGAAGCUGAAACGAGGCCCCAACCCCGGAAGCAAUGAAUCAUUAUCGGAUGAAGAAACUCUUACUUUAACCCCUUUGACCGUGGUCAUAUUUGUGUCCUGCUGCUGCAUUAUGCUGGUCUUGAUGUAUUUCUUCUACAAAUGGCUCGUGUAUGUGGUCAUUGCCAUAUUCUGCGUAGCAUCUGUUUCGAGCAUGUACGCCUGUCUCUCUGCCCUACUGAAAAAUAUACCUUAUGGACAAUGCAGGUUUCCAUGCUGGAAUCGCGCCCUUGAAGUGAGACUUGUUUUCCUCUUUCUGUUUUGCUUAGCGCUGUCCAUUACCUGGGCUGUGUUUCGGAAUGAGGAUAGCUGGGCUUGGAUUUUACAAAACAUCCUGGGAAUUUCUUUCUGUCUGAACUUUAUUAAAACACUCAAAAUGCCCAACUUCAAGUCAUGUGUGAUUCUCCUAGGUCUCCUUCUUUUAUAUGAUGUGUUUUUUGUCUUCAUCACACCUUACAUUACAAAAAGUGGAGAAAGCAUCAUGGUUGAAGUGGCACUUGGACCGCUUGAAAGCAGUGAAAAGAGUGAUGGAAACUUGAUGGAUGCCUCUGCUGAACAGUCAGCUCCUCAUGAGAAAUUGCCCGUGGUCUUCAAGGUGCCCAGGUUGGACUUGUCACCAGCAGUGUUGUGUAUGAGGCCAUUUUCAUUACUUGGAUUUGGUGAUAUUGUUAUUCCAGGUCUCCUGGUUGCGUACUGCAACAGAUUUGAUGUGCAAACCAGCUCUUCCUCCGUGUAUUACAUUUGCUGCACCAUAGCUUAUGGUGUCGGCAUGGUGGUCACCUUCGUCUGUCUAGUAUUCAUGAAUAAGGCUCAACCAGCUCUUCUCUAUUUAGUGCCCUGCACACUCAUUCCUUGUGCCCUGCUUGCUUUGUACCGCAAGGAGAUGAGAAAAUUCUGGAACGGUAACAGCUAUCAGGUGAUGACUUCUGCUUCUAAUGAAGAAAAUGUCACACAAGCCACCCAGCACCAUGAGGGACAAUAACGCAUCACCAAAAAUAAUGUACUAUGGUUUUUCUACUCAAAUAAUAGAGACUGGUUUAAUUUUUAAACUGGAAUAUUUCAUACACUUUAUUAUGAAAAGAAUCGCCUUUUUUUUUACACUUGCACAUAUAUUUUUGUGAAAAGUUUACUAUUGAUAUUCUCAGAAUUGUUAGAACAUGUUAUCUCUCGAGGUACCAAACCAUAUUCAAUAAACCUGUGCCUUGCUUCAAUUCAAGUUUGUGGCCUAUGAGAUAGAUAGUAUUUCUAAUUGAUCGUCCAAUUUGCUCCUGGAUCUCAGGCUUUCCACCUAAAUCUUUGUUUGAAGCAUUUAGGAGCAGAAUAAUGCAGACCAGAAGUGUCUUAUCAGAGGUCCAGCUAGCAGGAAAUGCCAUGGGUUACUAUGCAAAUAUGAGAAAGUAACAAUGGGCAACUUAGAGUUACAUGCAACCAUGUAAUCCUAUGAGUACAGUUCCCAGAAGUCCAGGUUGAUGCCAAUAUUCUGCAGCAAAAUGUAUAUUUGAUUGCAUCCAAUGAUUGUCCCCCAAAAGAGAAAAACAGAGGCAUUAAGGCCUCAACAUUCCUGUUUUUUUUUAACCUUAUCAAACCCUAAAAAAACUGAAAUGUUCGGCCCGGUCCUUUCCAUUUUGUAGCAAUGUCACUGUCACAAAUCUUUUGACCUUCAGUGGUUGAAAGAAAAAAGAUAUACAACCUGUGGCCUCAAAACGGGUUCUCGCCCGUAUAAUAAUACAAGUUAUAAUGUAUAAUGUAGAGGGGUGUGAAAUUAUAAAAUGAGUAAGAUGGACAAAAAAUCAGCUGAGAAGAGCCCAUUCACUCAUUAUUGUUAUAAUUAGGAGUUCCUAUACUUAAUCCAUUGUGAGCUAAUGAAUAUUAUUUUUUAAAAUACUUAAAGAGAAAAAUUGGAAGGAAUAUACAAAAACCAGAAACUUAGUUUUCCUCUUUAAACGUAAGCACAAUUAAUAAAAGUCUUAAGUUUCAAAAUCAGAGGCUCAUUUUUAGUUCUCCCUAACUGAUCUUUUAUUGUCAUCACUGUAACACAUCCAUCAUUUGAAUUUUUAUUUCAACCUAUGCCCUAGUACAAAGCUUUUACAACAGUCGUCAUAAUGUUAAUAGAAUAAAUUCAGCUCUAGCAUUUUGAUUUGAAAGAGAUUUCCCACUUUUAACAUCUCUUGGAAGUGCUGAUGAACCAGAAGUUUGGUAACUUUGAGCACCAACAUAGUUUUAAACCAAAGAUACUUGGAGGAAUGUGUAAAAGAAAAAAAAUGGGAAAAAAGACUUGGCAAUGCUUUAGUUCAGAUGUAAUAUAAGAACAACAGUGUAACAUAAACUUCCUCAUUUGGUGCCUUCCACAUAUCAUAGGACUGCAGCUACAGAAUAUUGUUAAGAAUUCUGGGAAUUGUAUUCUACAUGUUUAAAAGCCAUCAAGUUAGGAGAAGCUGGAAUAAUUAGGUAACAUGGAUCUUGUAGAUCAACUGAAGAGACCGGAAGCUUUUGAAAUAACUGUUUUUUUAUGAUGUUUUCACUCAGGAGAAAUAGGCUUCCUUUAAAUGAAACUUCGUUUAAGCUAAUGAGAACAAGUCUGAAAAGCAAUUUAAAAGCACUUGCUAUUCUUUUUACUAGUUGCAUACUUGUAAGGUCAAUCUCCACAAGAGAAGGCAGAUCCAUAAAGCAAGAAUUUCCUCUAAAUUUGUAGACCAGAGGUCUUCAAACUUGGCAGCUUUAAGACUUGUGGACUUCAACUCCCAGAAUUCUGGGAGUUGAAGUCCACAAGUCUUAAAGCUGCCAAGUUUGAAGACCUCUGUUGUAGACACUGUCUUAUAGCAAUUUAAAAUAUUGAUUUUGUGUGGGCUUUUGAUUUGAGGUGACACAUCCAUGAAGAAGGUGGUCUUCAUGAGAACUUCCCUGCCAUGCCCCAAGGUGUAGGCAAUGAAGGGUAGAAUAGAUUGUACCAUAGCUACAAUUCCUUCAUCCAUAUAUCAGAUAAUAGGUUCAGGGACUUUCCUGGACCAUUUGAUGGAAGAGUUUCCAUUCACUGUUGAGCAGAAUACAGAAAUGAAAAAAUGGCCUACAUUUUCUUGAUAUACUAUUGGGGUCUUCUUGUAAGGGACAGGAGGCAUACAGCUGGGAUAUUUCCUGUUUUCUUUUCAGUCAUAAUUGAUGAAGCUUUAUUUAAUUAUUACCCGAGCCCUUUCUGUCAAAAGGCUUACUGAUCAUAUGGGACACAUUUAAAACAGUCAAGGCUGCAGAGCAGGUGUCCGAUCAUCAGGUUUACAGACUUAAGAAACUUGAAACGAUAAAUACCAAGGUUUCUUAUCCUGUCCCCAACAUGAUCCAUCUUUCUUUUUUCUUCAUUCUUUUUAAAUAUUCUUUAGUCAACAUGAAUUCAAACAGACUUCUCGUUUUAACACCGGUUGUAAUAAAUCAAGGGAACCUGAAACUUAUAUUUGCAUGAUGGAUAGAAAAGAGAUCCUUUGCUCUUAAAAUGUCUUUUGAUGAGACAGAUGCAAGCUUAAAUUGUAGAUAAAAGGUUAAUCUGAGUUUUAAUUUUGCUGGGUUUGGGAAGAGUAAAAGAUGGCGAGGAAAUGAAUAAGACUUUUUGAAUUGCUUUUGUCUAUUUUUUUACAUUAUAUUGUUUGCUACUUCGGAUUUCUUUUUAACGUUCAAUAAAUUUAAUUCAUAGAGAAAUGUCAAAUUUAAUCUCGUUUAAUGUCUAAGUUCACUGAGUUACAUUUGUAAGGAAUAGAAUUGACAAAUUAUAUACAGUUGUCCACUGAACAUGCAUUUGCUUUUUUGAGACAGAGAGUAGAAUAAGUAUGAUUCAAAUUAUGACAAAUGUUUCAAGCUUCUCAUUUUGAAAUGUUAAAUUAACAGUGUCUAUGGACUAUUUAACAAUUUAUUUAAAAUUGGGUGCUUUUAACAAUUGGCUACUGAAUAGCAUGCUAGGGGCCACGUUUGACAUCUGCUAAAAAGUGGUUAAAAAUUCAGUUGUCCAUUUUCAUUUUAACAGCCUUAGUAAUAAGAAUAACAUUUAUCAUAGUCCUGCUAGAGCAAUAAUCCAGUCUGAUAAUCACUUUCUUUGCUGCUUUAUUUCUGAAACAUUGUAUAUUUUUGUUUUCUAAGAUUAUUAUAAUUUGGAAAAACAUUUUAUAUCAAAUAAACUUUCAGCAAUAAU